AUGUAUCUCACCAAGGCUCUCGGAAUCGUGGUGCUCCUGGGGUCGACAGCCCUCGCAGCCAUCGAGAAGCGCGGCACGGCAUGCACAGUCACGCCACUAUCGGCCAGUCCCAAGCCGAGGGUCGUGAGACGCGACGAAGGCUCGUCGGGCGGCGACCUGGAGCGGCGAUCGCCGGUAGGCGACCGCUAUCUUCCCGGACCCAACGGUAGCCCGGAGCACUAUCCACGGCCGGAGCCCGGCAGCAAGGAAGCGCUUGCGUACGCGCACCGGCCCGAGGCCCCGAGCGACGUGGCGCUCACGGACAUGAUCGCGCAGAAGCAGCAGCAGGACAAGCGCGACACCAGCGCAGCCGAGGCGGCGCUGGCGGCGGCGGCGGACGACACGCCGCAGAUCCUCGAGGCGUUCCGGCAGUGCGGCAAGGAAGGCAGCAUCGUGUUCGAGGAGGGCACGUACAACAUCCGGCAGGUGAUGAACACGACGGACCUGCGCAACUGCGAGAUCGACAUCUACGGCACGUUUGUGUGGAGCGCCGACAACCUCGACUACUGGAUCCGGCGGACGUUCCCGGUCACGUACGCGGGGCGGUCGACGGCCUGGCUGCUGGGCGGGACCAACGUGACGGUGCGGGGCCACGGGCGGGCGCUGUUCAACGGCAACGGGCAGGUGUGGAUCGACCGGAACCGCAGCGGGAGCAACAUGAACGGGCGGCCGAUCAGCCUGACGGUGUGGCGCGGGACCAACGUCGCCAUCGACGGCAUCACCUGGCGGCAGAGCCAGUUCUGGCACACCUUUGUGGCGCACAGCCGCAACGUGACCAUGACCAACCUCGACAUGAACACGACGAGCAGCAACUCCAACUCGGCCGUCAACACGGACGGGUUCGACUCUUGGAACUCGAGGGACAUCUUUAUCAAGAACUGGGUGGUGACGUGCGGCGACGACUGCAUCUCGAUCAAGGGCAACAGCACGAACGUCCACGUCCAGAACGUGACCUGCUACGAGUCCGGCUGCGCGUGCGUCGGCUCCAUCGGCUCCAACGCGGGCCAGCCCGACUACGUCGACGACAUCGUCUUCGAGGACAUAUCCUGCCACCACUCGUCCAACGCCGCCUGGAUCAAGACCUAUCCGGGCGCGGGCCACGUGCGCAACGUCACCUUCCGCAACGUCGCGUGCGACAACGUCAACCAGCCCAUCUACGUCACGCCCUGCACCUACUCGGGCAGCGGCUGCGACGGGUCGCGCCUGGCGAUCGAGGACGUCGGCUGGUACAACGUCACGGGCACGAGCCGCUACAACGUCGCGGCGGGCAUGCACUGCUCCGCCGCGGCGCCGUGCAGGAACUUCCGCUUCGAGGGCGUCGACAUCCGGCCGCUGGCGGGCGGCGGGCAGGCCAAGGUGCUGUGCUCCAACAUCCAGAACCAGGCGACGAUGGGGCUGGCCUGCACGGGGGCGUGUCCUGGGAACUGGCCGCAGCAGCUGAGCGGGAAUCGAUGA